GAAGAUUCACAAUACUAAGCCAUUUCCUGAUCUACAUAAUUGAUAAUGGCAUUGCAGGAUCACAACAUCGAGAAGUCAGAUGAUACAGAAGCAAGUGUUGGUUCCAAUCGACAUGCGAGUGAGCCCAUUACUCCCAUAAUUCCUCCCGAAGGAGGUCUUACAGGUUGGCUAUGCGUUAUCGGUUGCUCAAUGUGCAUGUUUUCGACCUUUGGUUUUCUCAAUGCAAUUGGAGUGUUUCAGACUUACUACCAACUUCACGAACUCAGUCAAUAUACGCCAUCUAUCAUUUCCUGGAUAUUCGCGCUACAGCUAUGUCUGAUGUGGCUCCCGGCUCCGUUAUUUGGCCGUCUCUUAGAUACUUAUGGUCCUACUCCGGUAUUGAUACCCUGUAGCGUUCUUUGCGUCUUCUCCUUGUGUAUGACUUCGCUAUGCCAUAAGUAUUAUCAGAUCAUUCUUGCUCAAGGUAUCGGGUUCGGCUUUGGAGCAUGUGGGAUCUUUGUAUCGGCAUUCGUGUGUGCAGGACAAUGGUUUGAGAAGAGGAGGGGGCUAGCUCUCGGAAUUGUGACGGCUGGAAGUAGUUUGGGCGGAGUGAUCUUUCCAAUCUUCGUCAACAAACUCAUCGGUCAAGUUGGCUUUUAUGGUACCGUCCGUUAUGUCGCUCUCCUCAUUGGUAUUCUACAAGUUUUUGCUUGCUUCCUCGUCAAGGCGCGCAUGCCUCGGAAAAAAUGGAAUAAAGAAACGAAAUGGGUUGAUUUUACUCUCUUCAAGGAUCCUACGUUUGCAUUAUAUACCGCCGGUACUUUUCUAGUUAUGUGGGGGCUUUGGGCACCAUUCGAUUACCUUUCAAGUAUGGCUCUUAAUCACGGGUUCUCCAAUUCUCUCUCUAUAUAUCUAAUAUCCAUGAUCAAUGCCGGUUCCAUCCCGGGCCGUAUUCUUCCCGGUCAUCUCGCCGACACAAUCGGAUACUUCAACACAAUGACCAUCGUCUGUAUCCUCACAGGUCUCUCAAUUAUCACCCUCUGGAUUCCCUUCACAUACCAUUCCUCCCACGUCGGCCUGAUUUUCUUCGCUAUUGUUUAUGGAUUUCUAUCUGGUGCUUUUAUUUCUCUCAUGAUGCCUUGCUGUGCGAAAUCUGGUACGCUUCAAACUUUAGGUCAGAGAUUCGGCACGUUUCAGAGUAUUAUCGCCAUUAGUUGUCUUACGGGAUUGCCUAUUAGCGGAGCGAUAUUGAAUAGAGGGGGGAGUAGAGAUGGAUAUUUAGGACUGCAAAUUUUUAGUGCGGUGGCUAUGGUGGGUGGGGGUGUGGUGAUUGGUAUAGCGAGGAUGGGAAUGGCGGGAUGGAAAUUGAAGAAAAGGGUUUAGGGCCUGCGUGAUUUCUAGGGAGUUGGCGGAAAGGUGCUUGUGUGAAUUCCUAAAGGCCUAUUUUUCAUGCGACGGAGAAACCAAGUAUAUGUGGCAUAUCAACACAUAGUUGUCUGUGGAGUGGAAAUGGCACACAGUUGGACAUGAUUAAUUAGAGAAGUCUCUCCCUCUUCAAUAUUCGCCUAUUCUGCACGCAACAUGUUCCCGAAGAGAUGGAAUCUUUGACUAUAUGUCUUCAUAAUCGGCAUCGACAUGUGACUCAAUUAAUCAAUAGAUGCGAAAGCAAUGUUCCGUCGCAUGGAGCACGGCAGAAUCCCUCAUAUAUAAAGUCCUUGCUUCUCUCUCUUCACUUCCUGGUGGCGAGAAACACAAGAACUCGGACAACGGUUCACUAAUUGAGUGGGAAGUCCUGUUGAGCAAUCACCACUAUAAUGUGGUACUCAAUCUAAAUGCCACAAAAGAACGUGGGCCGUGCAAGAAUAUAUAUGUCUCGCAUCAAGAGGGUGAUCCAUAAAGUUCAUCUUGAAAAACGAAAUCCUUCCUGCAUCCAAGAGAAGAAAGGUUGUAGGCGGCCGCCAGCUCGAAUUGAAAGGACCACGGGAGGGCUUUUGGGGGGGAAAUCGUCUACUAAGAGGAUUAACCGCACUUAAAGCAUAGAAACCUACAGUACAGGCGCCUCUUGAACAACUCCCAGUGCCGCAAUUCAGCACUCAGGCAAGAGACUGGGCGAAGCGAAGAGAACCAGUCUUGAAACAGAAUUACGGAUGCUGUGCAAAAGUAAUCUUCAGAGAAGUGGCACUAAACUGAGAGGGAGAAGGAAUAUAUAGCAUCAAGAUCAAGUCCGAAAAUCUGGAAUAUGAUUCCAUGGCUUGUGCUCCUCUUCCAGUCGACACCAUAUUAGAGCAAUGAGAGAUAUAAAGCCCA